GCGAUGAGGGGGAAAGGGAGAGAAGGGCAGGGGGAAAGGGAGAGAAGGGUAGGGGGAAAGGGAGAGGAGGGCAGGGGGAAAGGGAGAGAAAGGCAGGGGGAAAGGGAGAGAAGGGCAGGGGAAAAGGGAGAGCAGGGCAGGGGGAAAGGGAGAGAAGGGCAGGGGGAAAGGGAGAAGAGGGCAGGGGGAAAGGGAGAGAAGGGCAGGGGGAAAGGGAGAGGAGGGCAGGGGGAAAGGGAGAGGAGGGCAGGGGGAAAGGGAGAGGAGGGCAGGGGGAAGGGGAGAGGAGGGCAGGGGGACAGGGAGAGAAGGGCAGGGGGAAAGGGAGAGCAGGGCAGGGGGAAAGGAGAGAAGGGCAGGGGGAAAGGGAGAGAAGGGCAGGGGGGAAGGGAGAAAGGGGCAGGGAGAAAGGGAGAGGAGGGCAGGGGGAAAGGGAGAAAAGGGCAGGGGGGAAGGGAGAGGAGGGCAGGGGGAAAGGGAGAGCAGGGCAGGGGGAAAGGGAGAGAAGUGCAGGCGGAAAGGGAGAGGAGGGCAGGGGGAAAGGGGGAGGAGGGCAGGGGGAAGGGGAGAGAAGGGCAGGGGGAAAGGGAGAGAAGGUUGGCGGGAAAGGGAGAGCAGGGCAGGGGGAAAGGGAGAGAAGGGCAGGGGGAAAGGGAGAGAAGGGCAGGGGGAAAGGGAGAGAAGGGCAGGGGGAAAGGGAGAGAAGGGCAGGGGGAAAGGGAGAGAAGGGCAGGGGGAAAGGAAGAGAAGGGCAGGGGGAAAGGGAGAGGAGGGCAGGCAUAAAGGGAGAGGAGGGCAGGGGGAAAGGGAGAAAAGGGCA